CCGCUUUAUUUCAUGCUUUUCAGUGGUUUACUGAAAUAUAAUGGUAGAUUAUAUCCUGGUAAACCCACAGUGAAAUUUAUCAAAAUAUAAUUUUCACUGUGCCGGACUACUUUCUUCCCCCAAUUGGACACCUCUCUAUGUACAUGUAUAUACAUGAGGUGACAGGUUGGUUGUAGUAGCUUCCCUUUGUUUACAUGUUUGUAACAACAACAACAACACCUGUCAAAUCUGACGUCUGCUUUAGUAUACAAUCAAGAUGUCUGUAGAAGAACUGGAUCCAGAGGUCUUGAAUGACAUUUUCACAAAUUUCUUUGACCAGGAGGAAUAUGGAGACUUUCAGGUUGCAGACAGGAACUUUAGACAAGUAGAUGCUGACCAGUUUCUUAAAGAAAAUGAAAAUAAAAAUACCCAAAAGAAGACAGAGAGUGACAUGAAGUUAUUCUUCUCUUUUCUGAUGUCAAAAAAUGAAAUGAGAAAACCAGAAUACAUUCCCCCAUAUCAGCUUAAUUCAUUACUGUGUGAAUUUAUCUUGGGUGUUACCAAGAAAGAUGGCAGGGAAUAUGAGCCUACAACUUUGCGGGGCUUUAUAAGCUCUGUUGACAGAUAUCUAAAAGCAAGUGACAGCAAUGUUGCCAUAUUCAAGGACAGAGAAUUUUCCAAAACACGAGCUGUCCUUUCAAGAAAACAGCAACAGCUGAAAGGCCAGGGACUUGGCAAUAAGCCGAGAGCUGCAGAAACCAUGACAGAGUCUAUCAUUGACCAGAUGCAUGAAGCCAGGACACUAGGUGACUACACUCCAAGGUCUUUGUUACACUCCAUGUGGUUUGUAUGCACAAACCAUUUUGGAAUGCGGACAGGCAAAGAAUGCCGUGAUCUCUGCUGGGGAGAUAUUCAUCUUAGAAUGGACGAAACUUCUGGUGAGGAGUAUCUUAUAUAUGACCAAGAGAGACAAACCAAAACCAGAUCUGGUUCAAAUCCUCGGGACAUUAGAGGUACAAAACCCAAAGCCUAUGCCACUGCUGACGCCCAGAGAGAUCCUGUACAUCUGUACAAGCUGUACAGCCAGAAACGACCGGACGAAAUGUGCAAACCUGACAGCCCAUUCUUCCUUACACCAAAUGAUAAACCACAGAGAUGCUGGUUCAAAAAAACCCCACUUGGAAUAAAUAAACUUUACAACAUUAUGAGAGACAUGAAGGCUGAAGCAGGAAUUGAAAAUCCCAGAAUAACGCCUUACAGCUCCAGAAAACAUCUGGUUCAAACUCUAAACGAUGCUGGGGUCCCUGCCAACCAAAUCAUGCAAAUUUCUGGUCACAAGAAUGUGAAUUCUAUAAACAACUACAGUAAAAUCAACAACGACCAGUCGAGAAAUAUUUCUAAAAUACUGUCGAAUCAGAGAAAUGAAACCAACCUUCAAACUCAAGGAAGUGGUGCUGCCAGUGCUCCGGAGCCAUGGACUGGGCCUUUCGGAUCCAAUCGCUCUCGCAGUCUUUUUGCAAGCAGCACUUUCCACGGACCUGUGACUUUCAAUUUCCACAGUACAUCUGUAUCGGAAACACUGUCACAAAUGUCCACAGUUAACGUAGGCCGAAGUAAUGCAACUGCUGAAGAGUCCGUUUCCAACAUGCUCGAUUCGCCAGUUGCCACUGCCAGACCAUUCAACGAAUAA